AUGGCUGCGAGGCAGCCCGCCCGGCCGCUGGCCGUCGUGGCGCUCGUCUUCGCGCUGGCGCUCGUCGCCGGCGCUCGUCGCCGGCGCGGCGCGCCGCUCCUGGGCUUCGCCGAGACCGUGCGCGUCUCCGCCGCGACGACGACGAUGACCUCCCGCGGCCCGCUCGUGCCCUUCAACAGUAGCGACUGGCGGCUCCAGAAGAUGACGCACCUGUCGAGCCUCGCGACGCUCAACUCGACGCUCCACCUCUUCACGACCUACCUCGCGGGCUCGCUCACGGACUGCCCGUCGGACCUGGGCUGCUCCGUGCGGCGGGCCAAGUUCGGCGUGCGCUUCGGCACGCACUCCGGCGCGCUCCAGUUCCUCGCGGCGCCCCUCUUCGACGACCUCGGCGAGGCCGACGGCUGGAUCGCAUACUUCCGCGAACUCCACGGCGACAUGCGGAACUUCGACGCCUUUAUGCACAACAAGGUCGUCCUCUACGCGCGGGACCUCGCGACGUACGCCGGGCCUUUAAUCGCGGACGGCAUCCCGCUCAUGCUGCGGUCCUCCGUGGACGCCGACGGCGCCGACGUGCUCCACCUCGGGCUCCAGGUCGAGGGCGUCGUCUUCGAGCUCGUCGGCGCCGCGGGCGACAUGCCGGGCGCGCGAGCGCCGGCGUGGAGCGCGGACGAGUGCCCCGCGGCGCACGCGCUGCCCUUCACGCUCGCCUACCUGUCGGACCUCGUCGGCCUCGCGGACGACGCCGACGACGACUUCGCGCUCUACGCGAACGAGCCGCUGCUGGCCGUGACGCUGGGCAUGACGCAGCACGGGGUUACUAGCGCGGGCGCGGCCGCGCGCUACGAGCACGCGGCCGUGCUCACGGGCGCGUCCCACAACGUGACCCACGCCUCGGCGACGUGCGUCGUCGUCGACAUGGGCUGGGAGUCGCAGCCCGGCGUCGCGAUCCGCUUCGUCGACAACGCGGCGGCGCCGAGCGGGUCGCGGUCCCUCGCGGACUACGACGCCUACGUGCGCCGCGACCACGAGGCCUUUCUCUACGACGAGGACGGCGAGCAGAACCCGGACGGCUGGGACCGGUACCUGGACCAGCACCUGGGCAUCUGGUACUCGGGCGGCGAGGCGAGCUGCCAGGCCCGCGCGUCCGCGCUGCGCGUGCUGCUGGCGGACGUGCCGUACGCGGAGAGGCAGCAGCCGGACGCGCACCUGUUCUACGCGGGCUACGACGGCCCUUUUGCUUUGGAAUACCAGUUCGAACACUGCGACGCGGACCGCGCGGACGCGCCCGCGGAGUGCGGCUGCACGGGCAACAACAACGAGGACACGUGGUACAACCUCACGGGCGACGCGUGCUGGGCCAUGGGCGACGACUGGUGCGAGUAA